AUGGCGUUUCCCGCGGGGAUUAGGAGUGGUAGCCUGGCUGAGUAUUAUGAUAAAGAGGAAAUCCCUGUUGAAAAGACUGUCAAACUAAACCCUUAUAGUGAUGAGACAAAAACGUACUUCAUAAUGUCAGCCUCGGUGGGCCUGGGUCCACACGGCCGCGUAUAUGUCGUUCGUAAGAAAAAUACCAAAACGGUUUUUGCAUGCAAAGAAAUACCUUGUGACAUGUAUACUGAGCCUCAUCAAAAGCAGCUCCUUGAGUGUGCGAGUAUCCAGCUGCAGCUAUGCCAUCCAAACAUCAAUUCGCCCAUCGAUGCCAUAUAUGAUUCAACUAUCCUUCGAUUGUACAUUAUCUCCCCUCUCCUCGGGGACGCUAGAGAGCUAGUUUCGCGUGAUGAGGCCCGUCCCAGCUUGAGAGAGAGCAUGGGUGCUUCUGGAAGCCACGAGCCCAUGACUGAGUCCAUGAUAUGGAAGACCUUGAGUCAGAUAGUGUCCGCGCUCAGAUAUUUGCACGGAAACCCCCUUGGUAGGGGCCCUGUGGCACAUGCCUCUCUUAAGCCCGAAAACAUAUACCUGGACAAAGAUGGGAGUGUGAAGCUCAUGGAUGUGGGGAUGUCGUCAGAGCUGAAAAUAACCGCACCCCUAAAUCUGCACAUAUCCGUAGCCAUAGACUUGUACAAGGCGCCCGAGCAACUUGAAACCAACAGCAACGGUGACAGCGUCCCUGGAGCGACAAAUACUCUUCUGUCGGGCGAUAUAUGGGCCCUUGGCUGCUACUUGUACGAGCUGAUCUUCAAGAAGCGCCCAUUUACCACAGGACGCGAAAUAGACCUCUACUUAAGCAUAACACGUCUUCCCAGGCCCAUCGAACUUCCUACAAGGCUUCCUACGAAGCAGAUUCCAUCUAAUAAUGGUAGCCCGAACGUGAUGCAACAGUCACAGAGCCAAUUUAGUGAUGAAUUGAGGCACGUCUUAAACGCCUGUCUAUCUAUAGACCCAGCGGAAAGACCCUGUCUAGAAAACAUAGCUGAAGCCGCUAAAAGGAUGAUGUAA